CAUUCCCAACACCAAAACAAGCAAAAACUCACUCACAACAAAACCUCAAUUUUCCCAAAAAUGGUCAAGACAGAAACCAAAAUUUCAUCGUCAUCAUCAUCGCUGUCGUCGUCGCCGCCACCUCAAAACUCAAAGAAGAGAUUCAAGGGAGUGAGAAUGAGAAGCUGGGGAUCAUGGGUCUCCGAGAUCAGAGCCCCCAAUCAAAAAACAAGGAUUUGGCUCGGCUCCUACUCCACGGCGGAGGCGGCGGCGCGAGCCUACGACGCCGCGCUCCUAUGCCUCAAGGGCUCCUCCGCCAACCUCAACUUCCCCAUAUCUUCGAUCUCACACAUCAAAGCCGAUCAAACCAUGUCUCCCAAAUCAAUCCAAAGAAUUGCGGCCGCGGCUGCAGCUGCGGCCAGUGCUGAAAAUUUAGAAGGUUCUAGAAACCCUAGCCCUCUGUCGCCAAUGUCGAGCGAGGGCGAGUCGCCCUCGCUGUCGCCUUCGUGUCAGAUCGAAGACGACAGGAUUUUGGCGGCGGGGGCGGACUAUUUCGAGGACGUGGCGGCGUGGUACAACUUUGAUUCCCCGAAGUACAAUGAGAUGAUUAAUGGGAUGUUUUACGAUCCCUUUAUGAUGGAGGAUUAUUCUUAUGAAGAUGGCGAUAUUCGGUUGUGGAGCUUUUCUUGAAUAUUUUUUUUUAUUAUUGUUUAUUUAUUGGAUGAUGAUCUUCAGUUUAUUUUGAUGAAGACAUUGCUGACUAUACAUAUAUGGAGUAUAAUUUUUGUAAUUUAUUGAGUUGAAGAUUUGGGGUUUCAUUUGCAAGAGAGCGAAUUUUUCAUGGGCUCUUUUGGGUGAAUUUGACUCUAUACAAUAGUUUUGUAGCAUUUAAAUUUCAUAUCAUAUUAUAUUUUGUAACAUUUUAAUUCAUAUUCUCUACAUAAAUAUAGAGUGAAGUUGUGUUUCCA